AUUAAUCAAAACAAUAGUGCAGAUUUAGAGAAGAGUUUGUGAAACUUCAGUUAUUCAAGAUGGCGUUUUUGAAAGAGAUCCUUCUUCUGUUGGUGAUCAUACUUCUUGGGGUUAAGUCCUCGGAGAGCCAUGUCCUAGGCUUGGGGUCCCGGGUUCGUGACGGGGUUCGCACGGGCGAGCAGAAGGGCAGCAAGCUGACGAAAUACAUCAAAACACCGAACAGUGUAAUCGAGCAGGGUGGCGAUAGGAGCAAACGGGCGGCCUUUAUGGUGGAAGGGACGGUAUGGUGUGGAGUCGGUGACACGGCCAGUUCGUACUCUGAUCUUGGUUACCAUCGAGAGACAGAUACCUGUUGCAGGGAUCAUGACCAUUGCCCGGCUAUGAUAACUGGCUUCUCGUGGAAGUAUGAUGUGUUUAACUACAUGCCGUAUACCAUCAAUUUGUGUGGAUGUGAUGAAAGGUUCCGGGACUGUCUUUUGGCGGCAAACACGAGCGUCUCUCAAAAAGUUGGUGCUUUCUUCUUCGACACCCUCAGGCCGAUGUGUUUUAAUCUUUCCGAACCGACCGAGCGGUGCCUGAGCUGGGGAUGGUUUGGGAACUGUUAUGAGUACGGCAUGAGAAGGACCGCCACGAUGGGGUCAAGCGGACACUUCCUUCCUGAUUAAGAACGAGAGUCAAGAUAUCGAUGAUAACAUGGUGCUCGACGAUGAUACCGAAUGACAUGUUUAAUUACUGCCAGGUCCGAAUUUACCAGGUUCCAGUGUGGCAGGAGAUUGAUUCUGUUCCAAUGGCAAACGGUGUACAAACUUCUUCUGAUAGCGCCCUCUUUUGAAUCCUCCUCCUCCAGCAGUGUUAAUUUCCCAUAAUAUGGGGGACCGAUUCUCCAGCGGGCAGAAUUCCCUGACAUCGCAUCCGUCAUGGUGGCUUGACCCAUUUCUGGGUCACAGUCGACACCCGACAGACAAUAUUAGUUGUUUUGUUUUAAACAAAAUCAACAAA